ACCAGCAGUCCACUUAGUUCCUGUCCUCACUGCAGUGAGCGCUCCAACAGACGAGCAGACACCAACUGUCAUGAAAGAGAAAGGGCUACAAGCUCAGGAUGGGCCGUGUUCUCCAGGGGGGAAGCAAGUCAUCCCAUGCUUAAGAUGUGGGGACCCAUGCAAGGGACAGGUGCUGCGCGUACAGAACAGCCACUUCCACAUCAAGUGCUUUACCUGCAAAGUGUGCGGCUGUGACCUGGCUCAAAGUGGCUUCUUCCUGAAGAACGGGGACUACCUCUGCCCGCUGGACUUCCAGAGGCUUCACGGCACGCUCUGUAACAGCUGUGGGGAAUUUGUGGAGGGAGCGGUGGUCACAGUCUUGGGGAAGACCUACCACCCAGCCUGCUUUGUGUGCACCGUUUGCAAACAGCCUUUUCCUGCUGGGGACUUUGUGACCUUCAGUGGGAAGGAGUGUCUCUGUCAGCGCUGCAUCCGACCCUCGUCUCCUACUCCUAACGACGUCAGUUGUUCAGGCAACUGCUCUGGCUGUCGUAGAGACAUCAAGAAUGGCCAGGCUCUGUUAGCGCUGGGGGGCCAGUGGCACCUUGGCUGCUUCAAGUGUAAAGCCUGCAGGAGAGUGCUGAGUGGAGAAUAUAUCAGCAAGGAUGGCGUUCCAUAUUGUGAGAGGGACUACCAGAUUCAAUUUGGGGUGCAAUGUGAAGCAUGUCAGAAAUUUAUAACUGGAAAAGUUUUAGAGGCUGGGGAGAAACAUUAUCACCCCUGCUGUGCAAGAUGCAGCCGAUGUCACACAAUGUUCAAAGAGGGUGAAGAAAUGUAUCUGCAUGGAUCAACAGUUUGGCACCCAGACUGCAGAGACAGCAGCAGAACUGAGGACAGUUUCAUGCCCACUACAUCCUCAUCUGAAAGCUCCUGCUCCAGGCCGGGCUCAUGCACACCGGGGAGUCCUGGUCGGACCAUCUGUCCCGUGAACGACAACUCGUCUACUUGGGACAACAAAGGCAUCAGACGGGACAGGCAGAGCCCUGCAGAGUCACCAGGAAAUGUAUCUGAAACCACAAAGGAGAGUUUUGAAGUCAGAAAUUCCACACCAAAAUCUACACACCACGGAUCUUUUGGAGUUCAUACAAUAUACAAUCGUCACAGCUACACUCCGACUCUGUCCAGAUCACCACAACACUUCCACCGGCCACCAGACGAAGGCUUCAACAUGUACAGGAGGCCUCCAAUUUAUAAACAGCAAGAUCCAAAUUCCACCACAACUCAAAUAUCCUCUUUGCCUGGAUAUGGUCGCAAUGGCCUCAAUCCGCCACGGUCAGCUGAUUUCUCCCAUUACAGCAGCGACAGAUUCAGAGACUUUACACUCCUCUACGAUGGUCUACAUCCAUUAGCACGAAUGGACAGAGGAGUGUCUAUGCCUAAUUUGUUGGAACCAAAAGUCUACCCAUACGAACUGCUCGCAGUUAGUAGUAGGGGACGAGUGCAACUUCCCAGGGAUGUUGACAGAACAAGACUUGAGCGUCACCUUUCCCCGGAUUCAUUCUUUGAGAUCUUUGGCAUGGAUUUUCAAGGAUUUGACAUACUUCCACUGUGGAAACGUAAUGAUAUGAAGAAGAGGGCAAAUCUCUUCUAAAUGUUGAUUAACGCAUGUUUUAACUCAUUGUUAAUAUGCAUUAUAUAUCAAGUUCUGAUGGCUCCUUGCGUUUAUUUCUUUGCAUUUGACACAACAAUUUUAUAAACUGGACACAGUGUUGUGUUUCCCAGUUAGUUUAUGUAGGUUAUUGUAAUAAUGUUUAAAUACCUCAAAGCAGAUAUGAACACGAGAACUCAACUUGCUUAUAGUCUUGGCUUCACUGAUAGAUUAUUAUUAUUAUUUUGUCUUUCCUAAAUCAGCCCUGUCCCUCCAGGGAUUACAUUCACAUUGGACAAUUAGAUGUAAAACAAUGUAUCAGCAUUCAUCGUAAAUGCAACAGGUCAUGUGGCAUUUAUCAAAGUAAUAUGUUUAUCUUUGAUGCAAGAGACCGUUUCAAACCAACAAUUGAUGUUGACUUUUGUGACAUUUACAAUAUAUAAUUACACUAUUUCUGUUACCUGACCUUUAUGCCUAAUCUCUGAGAUCCUAACUGGAGGUCUGCUGUUAUGUUUCCACACUCAUAGCGGCACCAGAUCAGCAAAAUGCUCAUAUAUUAUUUAGGAGUGAUUGUGCAAAACCUUGGAUUAUGAUCAGUGACUACAUUUUUUAGGGGAACUAAUGCUUUAAAACAUAUUUAUCCCUAAAACAUCUGCACAUUGCAACUACAAGAUGGAUAUGUUCCGGCACAUUGAGGAUACUGUAUCAACAUGAGGUUCGAUGCAUGAGGAAAUGCAAAAGUAUUUUUCUGCUUGCCUUCUGGAAAUUAGAGAACGAGAGCACAGCGUUUGAGAGAGUCAGUCAUUCAUAUCUAAAAUUGUUGUGAAACUGGUUUAAAUUAUUUUGUCAGAAGUGAAAGCCUUUGUAGAUCAUUAACAUAUAUGAACAUGUUAUUAACCUUUCAGAAUAAUAUGUCAUGAUACCUGAUGAUACAUUAAAUGGUCAUAACUUGUCAUCAACACGUAAUUCUGACAGAAGAUAUGAAAUUACUCUUGUUGUUACUCCAUGUUAUCAUUGUUACUUAAAUAUGAUAUCAUAUUUUAAUUAUUCAGUUGAUUCUCACUUUAUUGCCUCCUGGUUACACAAAUGUUUAAACACAAAACUGAAAAUAACGUUUUUGAGAAUGUUUAUCAUGUCACUAAAUCAAUGAAAUGUGCAAAAUGGUGUUAUUAAAGUAA